UUUUGUUUGAAAGGUUAAACCAUUGUUGUUAAUGGCUUCACCAUGGCGAUUUAUUAGAGCUAUAAAUUAUUCUCUCUCUCAUAUGAUUUUGCAAAGCCGAUGAAAAUAAAAAGCCCUUCUUUUUGGGACCCAUUUCUCCCUAUCAAUCCUUCCUCGUUUAAGGAAUAAUAAUCUCUCAGAUGAGUCAAGCCAUGGCAGCCAUCAUUCACCUUCUUUUCCAUUAAUCAAUUUUCUCACCCAUUUUUCCUUCUCAUUUUCUUCAUUGAGUUUCGAAUUAUGGCAACUGAGAAUCAUAUUGAGGAAAAUUCAAAUGGUUGGCCACUUGGGCUGCAAAUAAUGGGCAUGAGGCUUCGAUUACAAGAAAGAUUACAACAUCAGGUUUCGGCUCCGCCAGUUCAACCAUACUAUUUGCACAUUCCUUCAAGUAGCUUUUCCUCGCUCUCCUCCUCCAACCUCGAUACCGAGUCUUCGGCAUCAUUUUUCCAAGACAACAGCGUAUCUCUAGGGAAGUUAAUCGGAUUUAGACAACAGGAGAGAGGAUCAAAGCAUUUUCGUAACGCAAUCAACGGUGGAGAGAAUAUCCGGAUGCCAAUAAAAGCUACUUGUCGGGAUGUCUCUCGACGGCGACAACAAAGUGCCGAUAUGAGCCAAGGAAUUUGCAUUCCUCUUAUACUAGCUGCACUUGUAAAGAUCAACAAAAGCAAAAGCAAGUCGAAGCCAUUGGAUGUUUGAGGGUUGAAUCGUAGCCAUUGACUUUAGUGUUUAAGCUUUUGUUUUUAGUAAUUUUUGGUUAUGGGGGUUAUAAAUUGAUUCAUAAAUAAUUGAACCAAAUUUGAACUCUUUGGGAAUUAGCUUACCAGUACGGAUGUCUCGUGUAUAAACCCGAAACUUUUAUAAUGAAAAUUGUACUCUAAUAGCAACUCAA